GAUUACCAUUCGGAUUUGAUUUUAAAACAUUGGAAUACCUUGGUAAAAAUAUUGAAACACAUCACCAUGCACCUGCCAUAAAUCAUCCAUAUUUAAACAUCCAUAUAUACUUACAGACUAAAACAGAGAUAAAAAUGCCGAGCUUGGAAUUAGGCUAUGAUAUACAUAUAGGUUGA